CCCACACACAUCAUGGGCUGGUAACAAACAUAAGGACAUCAUAGGGCUUGAUUUGCUCUUUUGACAGCCUAGCCUUGUUUUUUCCCUUCCUGCUGGUACUUGGUCCCCAGCUGGAAGUGUAUAGUUUUUUUUUCCUAUGCCACUUUAAGCAACAGGUGACUUUUUUUUUUUUUCCUUCCUUGUAGGGGGCCCUGGCCCAAGCACAAGUUUUAUUGGGACUCUAACAGGAAAGGCACAGAAAGACACUGUGGUGCUUUUGAUUGAAAACUAUUCCGGACCGGGGAAUUGACUCUUGAGAUUGUGCUUUCAGCCUGUUAGUGCAUGAGAGAGAUGGAAGCGCGGUCCUCCACCACCAUGACUACCAUAGUCGAGACCAAGAAUGACGUGAGCGCACAUCCCACACGUUCAUCCAAACGCACCUUAACGGAUGACCUUCACACCACGUUCAGCUCCCCUGUGGCCUGGAUCCUCGUGCUGGCUCUCGUUGUAACCUGGUCGGCCGUGGCCGUCAUUAUGUUUGACCUGCUCGACAGCAAGGAUCUUGAAGGACCUCAGCCACACCGUGUCAGGAAAACAUUAAAGGAAGCAGGCAGCCUUAGAGGAGGUAUUCAGCACAUCAGCCCUGAUCCCAUGAAGGCGGUGAGUGAAGCCAUGGACGACUCUGCCGAUUGGAUAACGUCAACCUUGAGUUUUAUGACUAAUUUGCUAGCACCAGAAGAGGAGGAAGCGGAAGGUGAGCGUCAUUUUGUGAGGAAAAAAGGAGAGUUCUUGCCACCGAGGAAAAAAGUUGCAGAGAUAUGGGCCAAGGAGAUGUUAGAAGAGGAAGGGGAGUAUGAGGAGGAAGAGGAGGAGGAAGAUGAAGAUGAGGUGCUUGCUGAUGAAGAGGAGGAGGAGGAGGAGGAAGAAGAAGAAGAGUAUGAGGAUGAAGGCGAAGAAGAAGAAGAGGAAGAAGAAAGUGAUGAGGAGAUCGAAGAGGGGGAAGAAGAGGAGGAUGGAGAAGAAGAGGAGGAGGAAUUAGCAAAGGAAGCGGUGGUGGAGGAAGAGGGAAAAGAAGAGGAGGAAGCUGAUGCUGAGGAAGAAAAGGAAGAUGAAGAGGAGGAAGCAGCAGCAGAAGCUGUGCAGAAGGAGGAAAAAGAAAAGAAGGAAGAGGAAGCUGAUGCUGAGGAAGAAAAGGAAGAUGAAGAGGAGGAAGCAGCAGCAGAAGCUGUGCAGGAGGAGGAGGAAAAGGAAAAGGAGGAAGAGGAAGCUGAUGCUGAGGAAGAAAAGGAAGAUGAAGAGGAGGAAGCAGAAGCUGUGCAGAAGGAGGAGGAAAAAGAAAAGGAGGAAGAGGAAGCUGAUGCUGAUGCUGAGGAGGAAGAGGAACAUGAAGAGGAAGCUGCUGCUGCUGCUGCUCCUGCUCCUGCUGUCGAAAAGAAAGAUACUUCGAUCCCUGCUGAACCUGAUGAGGAGAAAGAAGAAACUGCAGAACAAGUCACUCCUAAAGAAACUGAUGAGGAGGAGGAGGACAAAACUGAUGUAGAUAAAGAACCACCUGAGGAAGAAGAUGGAAAAGAAGAUACUCCUGCUGAUGGUAAAGAUGAUGACCAAAAAGAUGACCAAAGUGAGGAGAAAGAUGAUGACGGUGAGGUCCAAGAGGCUGAUAUCGCCAUUGCUCUUGGUAUUAUAGCUGAUGCUGGUGCUACAGUCACUGAUGUUGAAGUGCACGAAACUGACAUAACAACCCUGAAAGAAGAGGAGAAAGAUGAAAAGGAUGAAAGCGCAGAGGAAGUGGAAAUUGCUGAAAAAGCACCAGAACCAGAACCGGUCCCUAAAGCGGCAGUCGAGGAACUGAAAAAAGAAGAAGCAGAGGAACCUGUGGCAGAGGCUGAAAAAGAAGACAAACAAAAAGAGGCCUCUACCUGUCCUUGUAUGCAUUCAGUAAUACAUAAAGAGCCUCAAAAAGCCCAAGACACUAAACCAAAGGAAGAAAAAGCUGAACCUGAUAAAGUAAAGAAAACAGAAGCUGAGACUAAGAGAAGGGAACCCCUGCUUAAACAGAGAAAAGAAAAAGAGUCUCCAGUAAGAACAAGACUAGAGAAAGCAAAGAAAGCUCCAAAAGCAAAGACAGUGGAUGUCAACAUACCCAAAAAGAGAAGAUCUCGAGCCUCAGAGGUUGUGGAAGUGUCAGCUGCUCCAGCUCCGAUACAGGAUCUUCCUAUGUGCCGACCAACACCUGUGUACUGCCCAGCGCCUCCUGGCUGGUAUGUGCAUCAUAUAGUUACAAGUAGCCCAUUACCACCAUCGGCUAUUCCAGAAUCAGAAGUUCCAAUUUUAACAACUCAUCAAGCUCCUACUGUACUGAAAGAACCAGAAGCUGCUGUGGCAAAGCCAAAACAAGCCACUAAAAAGAAAGAACCAGCUGCGCCAAAAGAAAAAGCCAAAGUUCCUGCAAAGAAGGAGCCAACAGCUGUAAAAGAGAAGUCUAAAAGGACAGACCGAUUGAUCACUAAAGAAAAGACUAAACCUACCUCUACUAAGAAAGAGCCAGCAGUAACAAAGAAGGCAAAAGUAACAACAGCCUCACAUAAAGAAGAGAAAGCCGUAAAAGAAGUGAAGCCCAAAGCAGAGGUCAAGAAGAAGGCUGCACCAACACCGAAAGCCAAUCAAACCAUUAAAGAAGUUGCGGGAACACCUGUUCCAGAUGAGAAGAAAACAGCUAAGGAACCCCAAGACAAACCAGCUGAGGCACCAGCACCAGCACCAGCAAAAGAUCUGAAAGCGGAGGAAAAUGUCACAGAGGGGAAAAAGCCAGGCAAGAUACCAUACUUCCAGUGUGUUUUAAUGAGUUCUAAAUCCAGCCAAUAUCCACUGCGGCCCCUGUCCCCAGCUAUGAGUCCAGCUAUUAACCCCACCAUGAUGAGAGCCAUGAUGGAGCAGAGGGCUGCGUUACUGCAGCAGAAAGCCCGUGCAGCUGGCCAGUAACUGGACGACAGACACCGUCCGGCCCUGCCAGGUGCAAACUGCUUAUGAACUUCUGUAAAAACACAGUGCUGCUAGGCUCUCAAGAGCUGUCCACCUUAACCAUCAGAGACUUUAACAAAUAAUGAGUGGAGGUCCCUGGUUUUUCAGUGGACACGCUCCAUUCUUUUGUAAGUGUUUUUUUAAUCUGAUCAGUUUCACAAUUUUGACAAAAAAAGAAUAUGCAAUUACAUCAAAGAAACAUAAAUUAAUUAUAAUGCACAUUUUGGAAUAUAUUUAAUGCAUAAACACCUGUCAAAGAAAUGUUGUGUUACUGGGUAGAUGUACUUUUUUUUAUGUAUUUGAGAUCUUAAAUCGUCUGUUUACAUUUUUUUUUUUGCAGGGAAGAUUCUGCUGUUUUUUUCUUAUUGUACAUAAGACUACUCAGCGGUGAAGCAAAUUUAGAACUUGUUAAAUUAUUUAAGUGCUGCUCUAAAUAUUCAUUUAUUUAUUUUUCUAUGUCAGAGUAUAUGAUCCCAUUACGGAGAGAAGUCUAACAGCACACAUUCACUGAAGGCCUUAUCCUUUGGCCCAGGCCAUUUCCUUUGACUCACUGGUAAUGAGAUUAUGUGUAGAGCGUUUGGGCUCUACCAGGGUCUGCGAUCUCUCUGCAUUUGUAUGCACGGCCAUUAGAAAGCAGGAGGACGCCAUUUGGACCGAAUCCGAUUUCUGUCUUAACCAAUGAAAAUAGCUUGCAUGCUUACAGAAUUGAAAGAGUCAUUAAGAAAUGAAGGCACACAAAAGCCUAUAGCCUCUAUAUAAUGAAAGGCUUGAAUUUUACUUGACUGAGACUUUUCUAGUAUCUCUUUAGUUGAUUGAAACCCCUUAUUGGAGGUUAUUAGAUUUAUGGUAGUGAAUUGAAUAGUGUAUGAAUAUGUACAAUUUUACUUUUCAUGUACAGGUAAAACCCAAAGCAAUUGUGCUACUUGUAUAAAGUUAAAGUAUACAGUAAAUACAGUGUUUGUCCACCAUGCCAUAGUUUUCUCUGUUUUCCUAGAUCAGCGGUCUUCAACCUUUUUCAAACCACACCCUUCGUGGAUACACAGCUGCGUUUCAGGCCUGGCCUAAAAUAUAAUGCAAUUUUUUGUUGGAAGAGCCAUUAAGUAAUUAUUACACAGCCCUAUGUCUUGGGGGGAAAACUCUGCUGAUCUGCAAAAAAAGCUAAUAUUACUGACUUUUAUGAUGCUGAGUUCAUUUUCUGUCACUAUUUGGAUGUAGUAAAACCAAUAGAUGUAGCUGAAAACAUCUGAUCGUGUUUGCAUUCUUUUCUAUCACUGGUCAUAAUUCUAAUCUUGAAAUCAGGAGUAGGUAUAAAAUAAUGUCUUCAGAAUCAUUUAUACAUGUGAAAACUGGCUGAGAAUUUAAUAAAUAGCUGCAGCCUGGCUCAGAGGAUAAUAGAAAUCAUGUCUUUGUGGCAGUUUUUAAGUUUAUUUCAAGACUUCUUCACCUUAGAAAUGGUUGUUGAAAGCAGAUAUGCUACUAAAUUCAUCAUAUUUUGUGAGAAAGUGUGACGUGCUAACGCAAAACAGGCACUAUUUUUGAAUCAGCACCCCAAAAUUAGUAAGAAACAAGUAUUGGAUUUCAUUCAGCAAAUAUGAUGUAGGGCAAUGUAAUAUAAUAAUAAUAUUAAUCACUUAAUAUUUUUAAUGUAAGCAGAACAAUUAAAUAUUUAGCUUGAUUUUGAUUACAACAUUGUUUAUUUCUUUCACAAAAAUAGCUUAACAUUAACAAAAAUUGAAGACCCCUUUCAGUCCCACUGUUGAAGACCCCUGUCCUAGACAGUCAUCAAACAAUAUGUGGAUUUACUGUAAAAUACAGUAGUAGAAAAAAAGAGAUGUAUGUGUAUAAUAUUUGACUUUACUUUGACCAACAGAUUUUCUAUAUGGUGAUCUGAGGUUACUGUCAAUUCUUGUUCCUGUAACACAUUGCACUGUUCAGUGCAAAUAUUGCGGGUAUGACAAUUUCAACCAGAAAAACACUUUGUCUUAUUCAAGAACACACUGGUGUAUGAUCUUUAUUUUCAGUAACUUAAGGAUUGGAAUGACCUAAAAUAUGUCCUUGAAUAUAUUCUCAUAAUCCACUGCAGUGGAAAAAAAUCUAAAUGGCAAGAACGAGAGUGAAUAGCCGGCCGCAUUUUGAGUGCUGCUGUGCAUAUGGGCUACAUACAGUAUGGUCGUAGAAAGACUGCAUAGUGUUUAUACUGUAUGUAGUGACUGCAGCAGAAGGCCGUUUCUCUUUAAUCAGGACAUAGUGAGAAAGGUAGCUGUAACUAUCUGACUUUGAACAGAGAAGUAGGCCAGAGAAAUAAUCUCACUUUGAAGUUACAACUGCACAGAGCCGAGAGGAUGUUAACUGAACUGUGGAUAUUCAUAAUAUACAUAUAUAUACACACAUACACAUGAACAAUGAACAAUACAAAUAUCAAUGACACUGUCUGAAACAUGCAUAAAAUCGAUGUAAUUUUUGUGUGACUUUGAGAAAAAUCACUGUCUUACCAUAAAUAAGACAGUUUACAGUAAGAAUGCAAUGUUUACAAGGUGGAACCUCAACUGUUGAUUCUCAGAAGGCUUUGCGCACUAUAGAUGUAUAAAACUCAUGUUUAGGGCUGAAAACUUUAAGAGGCGAUAGAAGUUGUUCUUAGUUUUUUUUUUUUUUAUGUGUUUGGUAUUUGCAUGACCCCUGAGAACAGUGAAAAUUAGCUUGCUAUACUGUAUUUCAAUCGAGGCUGCUAAAUUGUCUUUCUUUCAUAAAUCUUGCACUGAAGACAUUAGGUUGGAUACCUACAACUUGUCACCCUUGUUAAGGCUCGCUGUAUGUUUAGCUUAUAAGAGGAUAGAUUCGUUUUCCUUCACAAAGUAGACAACUGGGAUUUUGUGGUUUGAUUUAGCAGUUUAAUGUCAGAUCACAUCACAAAGACCUAAUUCACAAUUUUAAAUAUGUCAAACUGUCAUGUUCUUAUGAAUAUUGAAUAAGAUCUGUCAGUAGAACCAAAGGAAAUUUGUGACUAAAUCAUUGCUGCUUUUUUCUUUCAUUCACAUCUUGCUGGAUUUUAUCUUGGAGUGGGCAAAAUUAUGAUAAUAAAGCAAUCAUUUU